GAACACUACAACAGCAUGAAUCAGGGGGAUGAGCAUGAGCUGGUUAAAGCAGUGGACGUUCAUUCCUUUGUCUGCUGUGGUAUGUGGUUGCAUGCAAAUUUCCUUGCUCGGCGUAAAGGUGCCAAGAACUGUGUUGAUCUUGUUCCCAAAUACUUCUUUGCGGAACUGAAUCUUGAUGGAUUUGGUCUGCUGUGUGCUUCAUGUGUUAAGAUUGAUUCAGUUGAAUCAAAGAACCUUGGUGGCUGUAGAGAGUGCCCAGGAAAAAUCAGGCACCCUGCUGAUGGAACUUAUCUUGGUGCCCAGGCUUGCCGUGAACCUGCUGCUGCUGGUGGUCUAGAAGUUGCAUUUAGCUUUUGAGUGUUUUUUCCAGUUAUGGACCAUGGAUAAGUGAUCCUACUCAAAUUGGACCCAG